ACUGCAAGUCCCGUUUUGCUGGCUUUUCUUAUAUAAGCAGAAGAAUAUCUCAAAACUUUGUCAAUAUGGCAAGAUCUUCAUUUGCGUUGGUUCUCUUAUUUCUACAGCUCUGCGGGCGAAUCAAUGCUGAAGCAGAAUGUUCUCUUGGCAGCAAAAGUUUUACUGACACAUGUAAAAAAGAUAUGAAAACGACUUUAAGAAUCAACUACAUUGGACCUGAAUUUAAGGGCCCUUGGGAACAUCCAAACGAAGUUGAAAAACAGCUAAAACGAUUAAGACAGUUCGUAAUUAUUCUACCGGACUUUCCUCAGAAUGGAAGCUCUAUAGGCUUUGAUUACUUGCGGAAAAGCUUGGCGAAACUCAAGAAUCUGGCCACAUUAGAGAUUGACUAUACAAAUGUGGCACCGGCGAAUUGCUUUAUGCACAUGAUUAAGCCAUUGGCGGAGUGUCUGACCAACAUAUUGAAGGAUCUCGUAGCAGAGGAGCGUAUAUAUUUGAAGAACGUGCAUAUCAUUGGACAUGGGGUGGGCGCCCGGUUAGCCUCUGAAAUAGCUUCCUUACUGCCGUCCGGUGAGCGAAUUGGACGCAUAACUGGACUGAAUCCCACUAAGACCGAUGACUCCGUUGUCAAUCCAUCCUACCUAUCGAAUAACGACGCGGACUUUGUAGACGUUUACCACACAGAGACUUCAGUGUACGGCUACGAGUGGGACAAGGCCCACCUGGACGUUUUUAUCGAAGGGGACAAAGUGCUACCCUUACUAAAAAUUUCUAACAACCCUCUUGAUGAUCAUAACAGAGCAGUUUCCGACUAUGCCUUAUCCAUACUUGGACCCAAAGGAUGGUUAACAGGCUACAAUAAAUUGUGUACUACAUACUUUCCCACGUGGAAAUGCAUUGAGAAGAUGGAGGAACUUGGGUACUUUCUGAAUCCGAUGCUUCGUGGCUCUUACAAUGCGCGCACAAGCGCCAGGUACAACAAAUUAAUUAAAUAAAUUAAAAAUUUGCAAAGCGGCAAACCAAAUUAUGAUUUGUAUAGAAAACGGAUUGCACUAAAGAAAAAAUUA